AAAAAUUAUCAAACCCGUUUUUCAAUAGUUUUAGUUUUAAAAAAUGAUUUUUCUUUCUAAAUAAUGGUCUUUAAUUAAGUUAUUACAAAAUUUUAAGGGAAAUUAAAAAUAAGAAUCUAAUAAAAUUCUAAUUUUAACAAAAAUUUUCGAAAAUGGAGCCUGUUUGGUUUAGAUCGGAUUUGGCUGACGAAAUUAUAAAAAACAAUGAUAUUUUUGAACAAACACAAAGUAUAGUAACAGAUAUCCUGUCAGGUCGGCUUCAAAUAACCAACUUAGUUGAAAAUAUGGCUGGAGUAUUAACAAAUAAAGAAGUAGACAACAGGGAAAGAGGAAUGAGAUUUUUUACAAAAAUAUUACAAGGGAUUCCUAAAGAUUAUUUAACGGAUAUACAAAUUAAAUUUAUAUCUAAAUUUUAUAUAGAUCGCCUAAAAGAUAAUCACAAAGUAAUACCAGCUGUUUUAGAAGGAUACCUCUAUAUUGUUGAAAUGAAGAAUUAUAAUGUACAGUUAACUGGUGAAUAUUUUAAUGUUUUGUUUAGAGAGGUUGCUUGCCAAUCACAAGUGAGGCAAGAUAGAUAUAAUAUUUAUCUGACAAUACUAAAAGUGUUGGAAAAGGAUGUUCAAUAUAUGAAAACACUUGGUCCAGAUUUUGUGUAUGGAGUAAUAGCGUCAAUGGACAGUGAACGAGAUCCUCGCAAUUUGCUGUUUCUUUUUAACUUUCUGCCAAAAUUUCUGGCACAAAUUCCAUUGGGACAUUUAGUUGAAGAAAUGUUUGAAGUUAUUUCCUGUUACUACCCAAUUGAUUUCCACCCUUCUCCGAAUGACCCAGCGCCAGUAACGAGAAAUGAUUUGGCAGCAGCCCUUUGCCCAUGUUUGUGCGCAAUUCCUGAAUUUGCUGAGCAUUGUUUGGUGUUGUUAAUAGAAAAGUUGGACUCUAGCUUAAGAGUAGCUAAAAUUGAUUCACUUGUUUUGUUGACAAAAAGUUGUGAAACAUUUAAAGCAGAAAGCUAUGGACCAUUUCUCAAAGCUUUGUGGUCAUCUCUGCAACGUGAGAUAUCACAUAAAACUGAUGAUGUCUUAAAAUUGGCUGCACAUGAAUCUCUAUCUGCACUAGUAUCCAAAUUGUCUACAACAGCCAAUACAGACCAAUCCUUCGAAAAUUUCAUUAAAGGGAUUCUCAUUUCAAUGCAAUCAGCAAUAGCAGAAUCCACAACUAUAAUACAAUUUGUACAAGCAACAAAAGUAUUACUGACGGCAGCUAAUGCAUCUAAAGAAUCGUGCGAAAUAAUUACAAAGCAAAUGAUCCCCGCAGUUCUUGCUUAUUAUGAAUUCAAAACAUCCCCAAAACUACAGAUAGCAAGCUUAGAAUUUUUAGGAGAUUUGUAUGAGUUGGCCCAACAUUGGGGAGUGUUGGAUCACAUAGAGAAACAAGUUGAUGAAAUACCUCAAUUGUGUUUGACAGCAGCUAGUGAAAGAACAAAAGAAUACCAAGUUGUGGGAUUUAGAACACUUAUUAGAGCGAAGAAUGCUCUUAAAAUUGAUCUUGUUGUACCAUUUGUGGAGAUUCUAUCAUACAACAUUCAACAUUUAGAAGACGAUGAGGUGCUAGGCAUCAGUGUAGAAACUAUACAUGCAAUUGCAAGAAAGUAUCCAGAAUUAAUAAUGGACUUUGUUGUCAAAGGAAAAUGUGAUCUGGAGAAUUUAAUUCAAGAUAAAACUGCAUUACAGAAACGUCUAAAUCUCCUAUCUAGUCUUGCUAGUAUAGAUGAUUUCACUAAAGUAAUAAUUGGAGAAAUGCUUAAAGUCAUAACUUCAAGUAACGAAGAAGCUUCUAAAGUCAUCAAAGCAUUAAGCAGCUCAAUGUCUAACUCAAGCUUAUAUUCGAAUGAUAAAGUAGCUCAAAUAGAAAGUGAUCAUGGUUUAAUAGAUUCUGUACUAACUUGGCUGUACAAUGAAAUUGGGACAUCAAAUGAAUCAUUGGAAAAUGGUUACUCUUUAGUAUCAAAUACAAUUUGUAGCCUUCCUGCAGAUAAGCAGCUUUAUAUUUUAUCAAACCACACAAGCGCUCUUAUUGAAAAGUGUUCUAUGAAUGAGACAAACUUCCAAAUGUUAGAAUGUUUAUAUAGAUCGAUAAGACCGAAUGUGUACAAUAAACAUUUUGAUGAAAUCCUAUCUUUAGCGUUAAAACUUGCUUUAAAUAGUGAUAAAGACACAGUGCGUUUAAAGGCAUGUUAUUUAAUUGCACAUUUCUUAAAUAAAGCAGAGAAUGGACAAAAAUUUGAAUUAAUGUAUGAGUUGUUAAAGAAUAAUCUAUCCUCAUGUAAUAGAGAUGACUUGAAAAUUUGUCCAAGGUUGAUAUUUUUGUAUGGAUGGAUAACAAAGGCUCUUGUUUUGAGAGGGAGUGAUCUAUUUCAAUUUUGGCUCAAAAAGAUAUUGAUAUCAAUAUUAAAUCCUGAAUGUAGUCAGCAAGGAUCAGAAGCUAUGAGGAUAAUCAUGACAGACUUCCCCGAUUGUCUCAGUUUUCGUCACCAUUGCAGAACAAGUCUACUUUACAAACAGAGAAUGUUCCUGACAUUUACAAAAAUGUCUGAAAGUAUGUCUAUAUGUCCAGAGACCAAAGAAGCUUACAUUUUAAGUUGGGCAUAUAUUUUGGAGAAAACGCCGAAAAGUGUACUUAAUAAUGAAGUUAAUAAGAUUGCAUCCUUGGCAAUAGAUGCAUUGGAAUACGACAAUAAAGAUCUACUUUUAGUGAUGAUUGAUGUUCUCAUGCAUUUCGUUCAGGCGAAAACCGUCGCUUUAGCUCAGAGCUUACAGACUAUAUUACCUAGAAUAAUAAAUUUGACGACAUAUGUUAAAUCUAUGGAUGUAAGAAUAAAGAGCUUACAAUGUCUAUACGAAAUAGCGGCUUCAUAUGACACAAGAUUACUUCUACCCUUCAGACAGGACAUUUUAAUAGAUUUAGCGCCAUCUCUCGAUGACAAAAAGAGGCUAGUGAGAAACAUGGCGGUUAAAGCGCGAACGAGAUGGUUCCUUGUCGGUGCACCGGGAGAAAAUAAAGAAACAUAACCUUCCUAUAAAUAUAAAAAUAUUAAAAAAGAAAUAAAAAAAAAAAUACUUUAUUACGUUAUAUGUAAUAUAUUUAUAUAAUUUAUUUAUUUUACAGAAAUUUUGAUAACUGUCACUAUUUAAUAGUGGUAAAGAAGCAUUAGAAUAUGUUGAAAUUAUUCAAUUUUAUUUUUAAUCUAUAACCACUAUCAGACACUACAUUAAAUAGAAUUCGUAUGAAUUAAGUCAUUGAGUAGUAACUGCAGGCAACUACUGACGACACACUAUCCCAAACAAUAAAAGCAUAUUGGCUUAAAAAUGAAAUAAUAUAGUUUCUGAACCAAUGCAAUAAGCAUAGUAUAAUAUUGACGAAAGUUUUAUUCAGGUGUGCUUGACAAUCAAAAUAAACAAUAAAAUCGAUAUUUUGAUUAAAUAUAUUAUUUUGUUCUCCUUUUUCUGACAAUAUGUCACGGUCAUGGUCACGCAAGUAUAUCCUAAUUUUAUUUAAAGUAUAUUUUAUU